AUGUUCCUUCUGUAUUUUCAGGUAGCUUUGAAGGAAAUGGAACUGGUAGAAGAGAAAGAGUCCGCAGGCUCAGUGGAAGCAAGCACACUUGAGGAUUUGGGUUCUCAAGAGGAACCAGCAACGUUCAACCCUCUCCUGAGGGCUGCUCUGACUGGGGACACUGAAGGGGUGCAACAGAUUUUUGAUGACCCAGAGGAUCCUGAUCAUGAAAAGGCCACUGAGCUACUGAUGGAAAAGGAUAUUGUAGGGAGGGAUCUACUCUAUGCAACUUGCAUGGCUGGGCAGAGUGAUGUUAUCCGGACACUGGCAAAAUAUGGAGUGGAUUUGAAGGAUAAGACAGCCAGAGGUUAUACUCUCCUCCACUGUGCUGCUGCCUGGGGCCAACUGGAAACUUUGAAAACUCUCAUAGAACUGGAAGCUGACAUAUAUGCAACAACCUUUCGGGGUGACAAAGCUAGAGAUAUUGCCUACCGGUAUGAGCAGACGGAGUGUGUUGAAUUCUUGGACUGGGCAGAAGCCAAACAAAAUUUAAGGAUGCUUAUCGCCCAAAUCCAGGCAACGAUUACAGAUCCUGAGAAGGUUCAGGGAAGGCUUAAUAAAGAAGACAAGAGCAUAUCUCACAAGGCCUGCCAGGCCAAGACAGACUGGCUCGAAAAUACUAAGGAACCUACCAUGCAAGACUUCCUGGAUCAAAAGCAGCAGCUAGAGGAAAUAAUGCUUCCCAUCUUCACAAAACUAGCUACGCCCCCAUUGGCAUAA